UUGCGGGGCUGGCCUGUGCCACAUGGGGCAAAGAAGGGAGUGGGUUGUGGGUUGUGGCAGGAACUGGAUCCUUGUGGCUCAAGCCUCUCUGAAAAGGUGAGCUCAGCAAUCUGGGCAUGUUUGUUGCUCUGCCCCUGAGGCCUCACGCAGCACGUCGUGCCUGGAGGCCUCGCCUUCCCCGGGAAGAGCUGCUGUGUUCUGGUUCCAUCUUUGGAUCUCUGACUCUGGCUUCACCCAUAAGCUUGCCUUGCAGGGAUGCGAAGAGCCUCCCCCGGGUCGGUUGUUACCACCACAGGGUGUUUUGCCCGCUGAGACAGAGUUCCAGGAGUGGAUAAGAUCCCGCGGCAAGUGGAGACUUCCUGCCAUCACUGGCCAGGGUCCAUGAGUGGGGUUGUGUCCUCACUGCUGUGCAGUGGGUUGCAGGGAUGGGGGAAUUGCUCCCCCACUAGCUGCAUCCCCCUCGCCUGAUCUGGCUGUGGGGUUCUGCUUUGUGGAGUAGAGGGGUCCUGUCCUGUGCCUCACUUCCGUGGCAGUGUUAGCCACAAAUCUUUGCAGAAACAGACUGCGUGUGGGGAUUCCUGAAUGCUCUGCUGAGGAUCAUGAGUUGUGUUGCAGUGGGGAGACAGAAGUUUGUUCUGAAGAACUAUGGUGAGAACCCAGAGAACUACAACGAGGAGCUGAAAAAGCUGGAGCAGCUCAGGCAGAAUGCUGUGAAUGUGCCCAGGGACUUUGAAGGCUGCAGCAUCUUGCGGAAGUACUUUGGCCAACUUCACUACCUGCAGAGCCGCAUCCCCAUGGGGGCGGAGCACGAGGCCGCUGUCCCCAUCACCUGGACUGAGAUCUUCUCCGGCAAGACCGUGACUCACGAGGACAUCAAGUAUGAGCAGGCCUGCAUCCUGUAUAACCUAGGUGCCUUGCACUCCAUGCUCGGGGCGAUGGACAAAAGGGUGUCUGAGGAGGGCAUGAAGGUCUCCUGCACCCACUUCCAGUGUGCAGCCGGCGCGUUCACGUACCUGCGGGACCAUUUUCCUCAUUCCUACAGCGUGGACAUGAGCCACCAGAUCCUUAACCUCAACAUCAACCUCAUGCUGGGCCAAGCUCAGGAGUGCCUCCUAGAGAAGUCGAUGCUGGACAAUCGAAAGAGCUUCCUUGUGGCCAGAAUCAGUGCCCAGGUGGUGGAUUACUACAAAGAAGCUUGUCGGGCUUUGGAGAACUCAGAAACAGCCUCCCUGCUGGGGAAGAUCCAGAAGGACUGGAAGAAGCUGGUGCAGAUGAAGAUCUACUAUUUUGCAGCUGUGGCCCAUUUGCACAUGGGUAAGCAGGCAGAGGAGCAGCAGAAGUACGGGGAAAGGGUCAUCUACUUUCAGAGUGCUCUGGAUAAACUCAAUGAAGCCAUCAAACUGGCCAAGGGUCAGCCGGAAACUGUGCAGGAGGCUCUCAGGUUUACCAUGGAUGUCAUUGGAGGAAAGUACAGCUCUGCCAAAAAGGACAAUGACUUCAUCUACCAUGAAGCUGUCCCUGCCCUGGAUACUUUGCAGUCAGUGAAAGGUGCCCCACUGGUCAAGGCCCUUCCCGUCAACCCCACAGACCCAGCCGUGACCGGCCCGGAUAUUUUUGCCAAGCUGGUUCCCAUGGCUGCUCACGAGGCAUCUUCUCUCUACAGUGAAGAGAAGGCCAAGCUGCUGAGAGAAGUAAUGGCCAAGAUCGACUCAAAGAACGAAGUCCUGGAGCAGUUCAUGGACUCCCUGCAGCUGGACCCUGAAACGGUUGACAACCUGGACAUGUAUAACCACAUUCCCCCGAUCUUGAUGGAAAAAUGUGCAGCACUCAGCGUGCGCCCAGAGACUGUGAAAAACCUCAUCCAGUCCAUGCAGGUGCUUUCUGGAGUCUUCACAGAUGUGGAAGCGUCUCUGAAUGAGAUCAAGGAAGUCCUCGAUGAAGACAAAGCCCAGGAGCAGAAGCUGCAGGAGGCCCUGGGGAAGCUCCCCCUGCAGCAGGAGGCCCCUCCCAGCCCCUCCGCUGGCCUGGGGGAGGUGGCCAAGGAGUGGGCCAAGUACAUGGAGGUGCACGAGAAGGCCAGCUUCACCAACACGGAGCUGCACAAGGCCAUGAACCUCCACAUCAGCAACCUGAGGCUUCUCAGCGGGCCUUUGGAGCAAGUGCGAGCCGCCCUCCCCGCCCCCAGCCUGACAGAAGAGGACAAGCAGGUGCUGCAGAACCUGAAGCGCAUCCUGGCCAAAGUGCAGGAGAUGAAGGACCAGCGGCUGUCCUUGGAGCAGCAGCUGCGUGAGAUGAUCCAGAAGGAUGACAUCACCACUUCCCUGGUGACAACAGACCGAUCUGAGAUGAAGAAACUCUUUGAAGAGCAGCUGAAGAAGUAUGACCAGAUCAAGGUCUACCUGGAGCAGAACCUGGCUGCCCAGGAGAACAUCCUCAAAGCCCUGACGGAGGCCAAUGUCAAGUACGCGGCUGUGCGCAAGAUUCUGGCCGAGGUGGAGCACAAGUGGAACACCACCUUGCAGACCCUGGUGGCUUCCUACGAAGCGUAUGAGGACCUGAUGAAGAAGUCCCAGGAAGGGAAGGAUUUCUACGCUGACCUGGAGAACAAAGUGGCCAAGCUGCUGGAGAAAGCCCGGGGGGCCUCCCAAGGAGCAGAAGCAGCCAGGCAGCAGAUUUUGGAGAAGGAGCUGAAGAAGAGGCCCCCGCCCAGGCCCACCACCCCCAAGCCGGCGCUUCCUAAGACGGCCCUGGAGCUGGACCCGGCUGCCGCUCGGCUGUCCCUCAGCGCCCUCUCCCUGGCCGACCUGCCCGAGGAGCUGCGCAGCUUGCCGCCCGAGGUGCUGGCCGCUCACCUGGCCCAGCUGCCUGCCGACGCCCUGGCCGCUCUCGGGAUGGACCCUGCCCUGGCCGGCCCUGGCCUGCGAGGAGCCCCAGGCCCCGAGGCUGGCGGCGCAGCGAGCAGCCCUCUGCAGCUGCCCAUGGCGGGCCUGCCCAGGCCUCCCUUUGGCCCGGGCCCCUUCAUGCCCAGGCACUACCCCCCAGCCAGACUCCCCGGCAGCUCCGGACCAGGCCCCUUCCCGGUGGGCUCCGGGCCCCCUCCGGCGUCCGCCCCUCAACUGGCCAUGCCUCCUCUCAGCUCGGCUCCUUCCCUGGUCUACCCUCCGGGGGCUCUCCUCCAGGGCCCCGGCGUGGCCCCCCUGCAGCCUGCCUACCCCAGGCCCCAAUUGCCUCCGCAGAGAACUUCCCCGCAACACCUCCCAAUGUCCAUCUCCGCCCCAGGGGCCGUUUAUGGCAUGGGGCAGCUGGCCCCUACCAGUGGGGCACUGCCUGUCGGCCCCCAUGCCCCCCUGAACGUCCGGCCCCCUCCCCUGGCUCCCAACCAGUUUGGCACCAGCAGCUUCCCUUCCCACACCCAAGUAGUCCGGCCAGCCACCACCACUGUGGACAGCAUCCAGGCCCCCAUCUCCAGCUGCAGCGCCCCCAGAGGCCUGGCCAGCCCACUCCCUCACUGGUCGGGGCCGCUUCCUCCUCAGGGAAGCUUCCUGGGGGGCCCCCAAGGGCCAACGGUCCAGUUCCCCUACAGCCAGGCAGGCGGUGCCCGUCCCUUCAUGCCGCAGGGGGGGGCCACGCCUCCUUUCUCAGCUGCUCAGCCCCCCCAGGGCUUCUCCCCGCACGGGCACCUCCAGCCGGCCCUGGACAGGCAGGUUCGGCCCCCGCCGGCCCCCCAGCCCUUCCCGCCUCGCUUCCUCUCCCAGGCCCAGAUCCCUCAGCAGCCGACCUUCCAGCCCCCCCACUUCACAGCCCAGCUUUCCGGCCCACAGACGGUUCUUAGCCAAGUUCCUGCUCAGCCCCCCGGUCAAGGGCAGCUGGCUGGUCAGCUUGGAGCCCCCCACUACCCCAUGCCUGUCCAGGACACGCCCCCCCACCUGGCUCUCCCUCCACACUCCGGGGCCUUGGCCUUCCCCACCACGGGGGCUAGGGGGCCCAGCAUCUCGGUAGGCAUGAUGGGGCCAGCUCAGCCGCUGCCCCUGCACCCCUCGCUCGCCCCCACCGCCCAAGUUGCCUUUGGCUCUGUGCCCCCCGGCAGGCCCCCAGGCCCAGCUACAACCCAGAUACCUCCCGGGGCUCCCAUGGGCCUGGGAGGCCCUCAGCCUCCCCCCGGGAGCCAGCCCAUUCCUCACCACGUCCCGCCCGCGCCCAGCCCGGCCCUGCCCCAGCUGCCAGGCGGGGUGGGGGUGCCGGGGGCGGCCUUGCCCUCCCCAGCCCCGUCGCCUCAGCCGUCGCUCAGCAUCCCGCCUCCCUCGCUCCUGCCUUCCUCCGGGCCUUGCCCGGCGGGCCCGCUCCCGCCAGCCUCCUUGGCCCCCGGCUCUGCUCCCCCGCUCGGGCAGGGCUCCUCCGAGGCCCAGUUCCACCGGCAGAGCUCCUCCACCGACGACCUCUUGUCCUCGAGCCCCGAGAGCCAGCACGGGGGGGCCAAGCCCUCGGUCAGCCAGCCCCUCCUGCAGCCAACCAAGGCCGACGCCAAGGACGGCCUCAAGCCCAAGGCGGUGCAGCUGAUUGAGAACGACCCCUACGAGAAGCCGGAGCACCUCCGGAGGCUGCUCUCGGAGCUGGGGCGCUUCCAGGACGUGGUGGCCGGGCUGGAGAAGCCGGCCUGCGCAGGCGGUGCCAGCGAGCUGGACAGCCUCUGGAAGGAGCUGCAAGAGGCCCAGGAGAAGGACGCCCGGCAGCUCUCCAUCGCCAUUGCCCGCUGCUACUCCAUGAAGAACCGGCACCAGGACUUCAUGCCCUACGACAAGAACCGCAUUGUCCUGCAUUCGGGCAAGGAUGAUUACAUCAACGCCAGCCAGAUCGAAGACCUCUCCUCCUACUGCCCCACCAUCAUCGCCACCCAGGCCCCGCUGGUGGGCACCGCCUCCGACUUCUGGCUCAUGAUCUACGAGCAGAAGGUGUCGGUGAUCGUCAUGCUGGUCUCGGAGCAGGAGAUGGAGAAGCAAAAGGUAGUCCGCUACUUCCCCACCGAGCGGGGCCAGCCCAUGGUCCACGGCCCGAUCACCCUGGUGCUCACCAGCCUGAAGGCCACCCCGACCCACCUGGAGAGGGUCGUCACGCUGCAGUUCCGCCACCAGAGCUUGAAGCGCACCAUUACCCACCUGCAGUUCUCCUCCUGGCCAGAGCUGGGCCUUCCUGACAGCAAGGGGGACCUGCUCCGCUUCAUCCAAGAGGUGCACAGCCACUACCUCCACCAGCGCCCUCUUCACACGCCCAUCGUUGUCCACUGCAGCUCUGGUGUGGGCCGCACGGGCGCUUUCUGCCUGUUGUACGCAGCCCUGCAGGAGGUGGAGGCCGGGAACAGCAUCCCAGACCUGGCCCAGCUGGUGAAGCGGAUCCGGCAGCAGAGGAAGCACAUGCUGCAGGAGAAGCUUCACCUCAAGUUCUGCUACGAGUCGGUCCUCAAGCACGCCAAGCAGGUGCUGCAGAGACACGGGGUCACCGCACCAUCCGCCGGCAAACCUGCCAGCAUCACUGCCCAGAAGCCGUAUGUCCAUCAGGACCCACAGGACCUGGUCCUGGGAGGAGACAUGCCGAUCAGCUCCAUCCAGGCCACCAUUGCCAAGCUGAGCAUCCGACCGGCCGUGGGAGGUGCAGAGUCCUCUGCGAAUGGGCAGCAGCUGGAGUUCCCAGCACUGAGCACCACAGCCAAUGCCCACAUGUUUCAGGCACCACCCGCUAACCUGCCUCAGCCUGCCUUUGCCGAUCACGGCUGUCCCACCAGCGAGGAGGCGCCCCAGCCCCUCUCCCCACCAGCGGCCACCCCAGUGCCUGAGGCUGCAGUUGCUUCCGUGGCAGAGAGCAGCAACCAUGUGGAGGAGGAGGAGGUGGAAGAAGAAGGCCAGAGGCUUCAGCCACUUCCCAGCGGAGAGCCCUCUGCCCUGACCGUGGCCCCUUCCUCGUCCUCCCUGGAGCUCCUGGCUUCCAUGACGCCGGAGGCCUUCACCCUGGACAGCUCUCUCAAGGGCAGGCACAAGACCAGCAAGCAGAGCUUCCUGCAUCCCCAGAACGGGGAGGGCCUGCGGGGAGCCCGGCCCACUGAUGACCCCCUGAGCAUGCUCGACCCGCUCUGGACACUCAACAAGACAUGAGAAGACCAGCCAAGGGAUGGAGGUCCUGGGACUCUCCAGACGCUCCCCAGCCCCCCCCCCCCCCCCCGCUCUACUGCAAGGCCCAGAGCUUUGCUGGGGGAGGCGACUGGCUCGCGUUCCUCAGCACGCAGCCCCCCCCUUCCCCAUAGGACCACAGCCCAGAUGCCUCUGCUGCAUGAGGAACAGCUCCCACCCCCAGCUCUGAGCAGGUCCCCAAAGGCUUGGGCUGCCUAGUUGCCUGUGACGAGGCUUUUGGGCAGGCGGCUGUGCUCUCUCCCCUCCCACCUUUAAGCACAUCCAGUUGUGACCUGGUCAAGCCAGCAGGGUUGUGGUGGGGAGGGUCGGCUCUCUCCCUCAUGGGAUGGGAAAUGGGUUUGCUGAGGGAAGCUGGAGAGGCGCGUUCUUCUCUCUCUCUCUCUCUCUCCUCUUUUGCUCACAGCCAGGGUUACUUGGGACAGUGAAGGGUUAGAGCAGGAGUGUCAGACGGCAGCCCUCCAGCUGUUGGUGGCCCACAACCCCCACUCUUCUUAACCCCAGUGGCCAGCAGCCAGGGAUGAUGGGAGUUGUAGGCCAACGACAGCUGGAAGGCUGCAGUUGGACACCCCCGAGUUAGAGCCUAAUGUGGCUGACCUGUAUCCUGGCCUUUGCUGCAGGGGUUUUGGAGCAGAACUCUGCCAGCCUAGCUCUGGGCCCAGGCCUCCUCCCACCAAGGCCCACACCUGGGCCCCUUUCUUCCGCCCCCCUAGGCGGUGGGGUCAUUCAGGCAUGAAGUGCUUGCACUUUAGGAACUUGCUGCUGGUGGAGGCGGUGACUACCGCGGCCACCUCAUAACACCUGGGAACUGGGCAAAGGGGUGGUCCUUUUCUGAACGAGUUGGGUCGUCACCUCCCCCCUUUACUUUCUGUUCUGAGCAGGCAUGAUGGGACUUAGGCUCCCCGCCUGGCCCUGGGUGUGUGGGAGCUGUGCAGACUGGCGCUGCCUCUGGGGCCAGGGCACCGUGGGCCUGCCCUGAUGUCUCACACUUGCUGCUCUGUGAGAGUUUGCUGCCUCCGAGGUGGGUUGGCAGACCCCCGGCUGCAGUGUCUGCUGUUGGAUAAAUGACCGAAUGGUGGCCAAGUGCUGUGUUGGGGGCGGGGGUAACUGGGAACCAUGUGGCCUUCCAGCUGUUGGACUACAAUGCCCAUCAUCCAUCAACAAGUGGUGGCUGGGAAUGAUGGGAGUUGUCGUUCAGCAGCAGCUGGCGGGCCAAGUGUGUUAGCUGCUGGUCAAAGGCACAGCGCCUCCAUCUUGCUGGCUGCGCAGUGCCCAUUCAGCUUGGCCAGAGCUGUACUUAGCUGCUGCUGCCCCACCGUUGUGGAGCUAGCUCAAGGGCUGCAGUGAUGGAUUUGCCUUCCAAGCUGAUGCUAGUUGAGGGACACCCAGCAGUUGUGCAUCCAACCCUUUAACAGCAAGGGGGUGUGCGUGCGUUGCCCUACGUAUUCCCCCUAGAAUUGGUGGCAGGAUUCUCUGGUUGCCAAGCUGACUCUCCAGUGGGGUUGGUCCUUCUUCCAGAAGUGCUGGACAAAAGGAUAUUGUGUGCUGACAAGCGAAGGGGUGGGGCUCUCCGUGCUCCCCCUGCAGCUGGAGGCCUCAGGACCGUCCCUGUACAGAGCCUGCAGCAGUGACGGAGGGAGAGGGCGGCCACCAUGAGCACCGCUGGGUAAAGACAGUUGAAACUAUGGUAUCUCUCUCCUUGACAGGAUCGGAACCUGGCCUGGGGGGGUCUUCCCCGCCCCCGCCGCAGGAAAAGCCACACAACACUUGGCCCUUAGGAGGGGGUAGGGGAGGAAGCGCCUGGUGGGUUUCUGGGCUCUACUUUUUUUUGUACAAAAGUGUAACAUUAUCUUCCUGUGUGUUGAUUUACUCUAAUUCAGAGCCAACUUUUUCCAGCUCUUUGCUACUAAAAUAAACUGGGCACUGGAAGCAGAA